AUGAUGUUUAUUAUAGUUUUGAUGAUCAUGUAGAUACUAUCAUCCGAUAUUGAUGUUUAAAUUUCAUAUAUCGAUGCUUCAUUAAUAAACAUCCAUUGGUGUAGUGAUACAGUCUUAGCACUUACUUCAAAAGGAUCUGUUUAUAGAAGUGAUGAUCGUGGCAGAUAAUGGACUAAGAUGUCUGAAAUAUUCCAUCGUAAAGCACUAAUUCAACUUGAAGAUUCAGAUGAUAGAGUUGGAAUAGUUAAUAAUUUGGUUCCAAGUCCUGUAGAUAAAUAACUCAUUCUUUUUACAGGAACAGAUUAAAUUGCAUGGAUAUCACUUGAUUGUGGCAAAACUAUUACAGCUAUUAAUGCAGGUAAACAAUUACGGGAAUAUUAAUUUCAUCCAAUUGAAAAAAAUUGGAUUAUUGCGUCUGCCUGGAAAUAAUGUGGUUCUGAUGAACUUCUUGCUGGUAUACCCUGUGUAUCAUAUAAGGAACUUUUAUUAAGUUAAGAUACAGGAAUCACUUGGCAUUCUAUUGCUACUUAUGUUAAUUAAUUUACUUGGGGUGUUAAAAAUAAAGACAUGGCUAAAUAUACUCCUAAAGAACGAAUCCUUGCAUCGUUUGAUCCUUAAGGAAGAGGACAUUAAUCUAUUAGUAGUUGGAAUAUGGAUGCCAAUUUAUACUAUAGCGAUGAUUUCUUUUAAACACGUACUUUAAGUGUUCCUGCAGGUUCAAGGUUUUUAUUGACUGAAUCCUUUCUUUUUGUAGCUAAAGUUACAUCUUAAUAUACUUAAGAAGUUAGUUUAUAUGUGAGUGGCACUGAAUUAGGAUAAUAUAGAUAUACCAUUAUUGAUGCUGAUUCUAAAUUAUUGGAACAUUCUUAUAGUACUUUGGAUACUUCAGAAAAUUAAGUUUUCAUGGUUGUUAAUCACUUGAAGCCAUCAUCUCCAUUGGGAGUACUCUAUAUAAGUGAUUCAACUGGUACAAGAUAUUCAAGAUCUUUAGAGAAUGUGGCAAGAUUAGAAAAUAGUGCAGAAUUUUAUAGAGUUUAAGGAUUAGAAGGAAUAUAUUUAGCUAAUGUUUAUGCAGAAGAUUAGGCUAAAAUAUAUUCACAUUAAGUCUUAGAGGCUAUGGAAGAAGGUUUUUAUGCUUAACAAAAUGGAUUUAAAGAUGAAGAUUUAAAAAAAUACAAAUAAACAAGGAUAACUUUUGACAAAGGAGGUUAAUGGGUUCCAUUAAAGGUAUAAUUUUGAAAUUUAUUAUAAGCCACCUGCAGUAGAUGCAGAGGGAAAACCAAUUAAUUGUAAUAAAUGUUAGUUACAUAUUCAUCUUAGUUAAGCGUUUUAUUAAUUCGCUCCAAUUUAUACAUAAACAAAUUCAAUUGGUAUAAUAGUAGCAACAGGUUCAAUUGGAAAGUAUUUAAGUUACAGAUAAGAUCAAGUUAAUACUUAUUUAAGUAGAGAUGGUGGUUUAAGUUGGAUAGAAAUAAAGAAAGGAUCAUAUAUAUAUGAGAUGAGUAAUCAUGGAGGGUUGAUAGUAAUGUCUAAGGAUUAAGAGACAACAAAUUAGAUAGUAUUUUCAUGGAAUGGUGGUGUAGAAUGGACUCCAUUUAACUUUAUAGAUUAGAAGGCAGAGAUUUAAAAUAUAAUAACAGAGCCUUAGAACAAGGGAACAAGAUUUAUAGCAUACGGAUCAAUAUAAUUAGAAUCGAAUGGAUAAAAAAGUGAAUAAGGUUUAUUAGCAACAAUAGAUUUGGAUGAAUUACAUUAAAGAAAUUGUAUAGGUUAGGAUAAAGCUGGAGAAGUAGGUAGUGAUUAUGAAUUAUGGACUCCAUCUGGUUAAGUGAAUCCAGAAUGUUUAUUUGGUAAGAAAGUUACUUACAUGAGAAAAAGAAGAGAAGCAGCUUGUUAUAAUCCUGAUUAAUUGGAAAAAAUAAUCAGUGUUACACCAUGUUAAUGUUCAACAGAAGAUUAUGAAUGUGAUUUAGGGUUUGUGAUGAAUAAUUAGUAAUGUGUACCAAUAAAUGGUACUAUAAAUAUUGAACCUCCUGCUGAAUGCAAUGACUAUUAUACAGUUUCUAGUGGAUAUAGAAAAAUAGCAGGAGAUAUUUGUUAGGGAGGGGUUGAUCAUCCAUCAUUAAAAUUCCCUUGUCCUAAUAACAAAGGUUGGAUCUUUGAUUGGAUUGUUGUUGGAGGAAUAAUCUUUGGAUUAUAUUGGGUAUAUAGCAAUUAAGAUAAAUUCAAAGAUUAUUUCAAUAAAACUGAAAUGAAUCAACUACCUUAAAAUAAAUAAGAUGUAAAUUUUAUACUCUAUUUUUAGACAUUAAUUAAGCAACUCUAGCAAAAGUAAUCCAAAUAAUAAUAAUUUCAACAAUAAUAUCAACCUAUUAAUUUUGAAUUAAAUGAUACUUAAGAUUAGAAAUUUGAUGAAGAAUUGAUAGAAAAAGAUGAAAAUAUCUAAAUGGAAGAUGAUGGUUCUCAUGAAUUGGUUUGA